GAGGGUCGAUGAUUUCGAGUGGGUCCACCUCGACGUGUGACAUUCUUUUCCCUCGGUGUUUUUCGCCUUAAACGAGAUCCUUUUGAGUCGGCCAAAAAAAAUUGCCAACAUUGAAUCCGUCCUAAAUAACUUUGCCAAAAUGGCUACGUUGACAUUUAUUAUGGUCCUGUUUCCAUGAAUAUUUAACUCUUGGAAAAUUUGAUUUCGACAACUGUUGCCUUUAAAGUUUCCGCGAGGACCCGAGCCCUUUUUAUUUUUCGCUUGCGACUUAUUUCAUACAGAAAUGCCGAUUUGACGAGAGGUUAGCCAAGGAAAAUAGCUAUGGAACCGGAGUUCUGCCUGAGAUGGAAUAACCACAAGUCUAAUCUGACUGAUGUCCUUUCGAAAUUCUUAGAGAAAGAAUCCCUAGUGGAUGUAACACUGGCUGUCACCUGUGAUAACGACGAUUUCAAGACUUUCAAAGCCCACCAGGCGAUACUGUCUGCGUGUAGCCCUUAUUUCGAGAAAUUAUUCCUCCAGAACCAACACCCGCAUCCGAUCAUAUUCCUUAGGGACGUUACCGCAGUCGAGAUGCAGGUGUUGCUGCACUUCAUGUACAAUGGGGAGGCCAACGUGAAGCAGGACGAGCUGGGCGGGAUACUCAAGACGGCCACCGCCCUGCAGAUCCGAGGGCUGGCCGAUUCCAGGGAAGGGCAGAGCAAACUGAGCGAGGAGGGCCUUUUCGAACCAGGCCCUAAGCAGCGGCCGUCAUCGCCCAACGAAAGGCGAAAGAGAAAAAUGUCAAACAGCUCCGAACAAGCUGGACCCUCGUAUCAAGGAAACGAAAAAUACUCUCCUGAACCACAAGGCGGCUACAACUCAACAAGUCAUAGUUCACAAUCUCCAGCCAAAUACCCCCAAAUGCCAUCUCCAGAACCUCCGGAUCCGACAAUACCUGUAAUUAAACAUGAGACAGUUAACAUGGACGAGGAGUCGGUAGAUGACCAGCAACAAUCAAUUACUGAAGAUAGUGGAGGUGGCGAAGUUCUGAGAGGCUACCUGGCGAACCAAAGGAAUAAGGUAGAUCUCCCUAAGUUAGCUCUCCCCCACACAUCCGCUUUUUCGUCUAGGCUCAGGUGCCUAAUGGCCCCUAUGACCCUACACCAGCAAUCCUCCCAAGUCCAGCUCCAAGCCCAACAGAAUCAGCAACGUCCCCAGGAAAUAUCCGUUAUACAGUCUAUAACCGGAUCCCAGGCCCGCCUCAGCACUCCAAGGAAGGGCGGCAGGUUUCGACCCGGUUGGCUUGAAAACUACUAUUGGCUUCAGUACGACGAACAACAGAAUAUGAUGUAUUGUAAAUUUUGUCGCAAAUGGUCGGGCACCAUACCUGAAAUGAGGACAUCUUUUGUAGAAGGAAACUGUAACUUUCGACUUGAAAUUGUCAAUCAUCACGAUAGGUGUAAAUCUCAUCAGCUCUGCAUGGCCAAGGAGAAAGACAACACAGAAAGAAAUCCAACAGAUUUAUCAAGAUCCGAUAAACCCCCUGAAUGAUGUACAAGUAACUUUCCAUACCCCUAGCUUAUUGUAUGUUGAGAACUGCUUUGAUGUCUAUAGAAUUUGUAAAUUUAUUAUACUUUGGAUAAUAAUUGUGUUUUAAAAUAUUAUUUUAUUAAACAAUUUUUAAUAUUGGAUUGAAUUUCUGUUGAAUAACAUGUAUAAACACAAGAACUAUUACUUUUGUUAAACAAGAAAAGGAAACCUUUUUUAUUAUUACUACGUGUUAUUAAUUUUUCAUUUUUGAAACAGCAGUUUUCACAAUUACUUUCAAGCUCUGUGCGUAUGGGUUUUUUGACAAUUAUAUACAAUUUAAUGCUAAAUUUGUCUUAAUUCAGGUCAGUUAUGAGCAUCUCAGGUUUAAACUAAAAUACGGAUUGUUUAAAUUGUUCAAACCCAAAGUUUGUUUAUUCAUAUUAUUGCUGUAGAGCUUAAAUUGCUUUGCAUUAUUGUUAUCGCAAGUUUUUUUUAUGUUAAAAUUAUAUUGCUCAUUAAGAAAAGCUAACAGAAAAUAGAACAUUUAUGAGAUUUUUUUUUUAUAUAUAGAAUUUACACUUUCAUUUUUCAUGUCACAUAUGUCAGUGUUAAAUUAGUAAGGAAAGGUUUUAUGUAAGCUUAAUCAUAAAAAGAGAAAAAAAUUUGUGAUCAAUUAUUUUUGUUUAUAUAUUUCUUUCAUUUAAAAGUUAAGUUACUUAUUGUCAGAAUCAAAAUUUUAAUUGCAUCCAGCAAUAUGAUUUUAACAUUCAACUCAGUGUUAUAGUCAUUAAUUUGUAUGUUAAUGGCAAUUUUAAAGCUUAGGUCUUAAGGUUUGAGUCAUUGAAAAUUUUCAUAUACCAAUAAAAUUAUCUAGGAACAUUUCUCGGUGCCAUGGUGAUGAACAUGACAAAAUUCAAAAUUCGUUCAAUAGACUGUGAUAAUUGGUGCUUUGGAGCGUAGUCUCGGAUAAGUUUUUAAGGAUAUGAGCAUUAAGUAGAAAAAGAUGUGUUAAAUCAGACCUUUUCUUUAUUAGAUUAAAAAAAUUGUUUUCAAUAUUAAGUAAUUUUUUUUUUUUUUUUUUUUUUUUUUUAAUAAAGAUCUGAUUAAAUUGUUGUAAUCCAGAUAUGUCAAAACUAAUAUUUGAAAGUCAAUGAAGUCUUAUGUGUAUUUUGCAUUUUACAAAGUGCAAAAAGAAAAAAUAAUAAUAAUUUUAUAAGUACAGUUUUUUAUAUGCCUACUGUGACAUUAUACAUAUUUUUAUAAAUUUUACAUAAUGUAU